AAAUUGCCAGAUUGCGUGUCGCUGACGCCGUUUCGUAGGUGGCUUUAAGUUAUCGGUGUGUCAGUCUGGAAACAGAUAGUUGGAAAUACAAGGAAUGUGCAUUGAUGUGAGGGGAUAACGUAGGACGGGAGACGUUAUUAAUGAUAUACACUGACUGAAGUGGCGGUGAUUGGCGGACUACGUUACCCUUCCACACGUGAAGCCUGCUGACAGGGCCACCAGAACAAGGGAACUUGCGUGCAGGACUGUUACGUCAAAUGGAAUUAUGCCCAGACCUUGAAGUAACGCUGCGUUCCACCCGCAAUGGAAACGUGGUAGUGUGCCGGCUCAAUUGAACACGCUCCAUAUACCUCAAUACAGCUGAUCAGCCUAUCAUAUAGCCCUGCCGGGGCACAAUGCGCAUGCGCACCAUGCGAGCAGACGACAGCGAUCAUUUGACGAGUGACAGUGUAGAAGCGAGCACCUCGCGACGAGGAAGUGUAGCAAGCUCGCGUUUACCGGGUGGAUUGUCGACCGGUGUUAAUCCUAAGUCUAAACGGAGAGGGAGCGCAGUUACCUUCGACCUCCCAGAUGAUUCGGAUGAAGAGGAGAGGACAUUUAGAAGGAGUUGUGGUUAUCGCAGGAUGAGCGCACCCGAACUCCCGCCAAUCGUGGACCGGUCGGAUUCAAGAGGUAACCGGACAUCCUCAGGUUCCAUUACUGAACGGUCCAACUUCUAUCAGAGAUUCAAAAACGGUCGUUUGCCUCGGAACCACAGUGACAGUUCCAUUAAAGGUAUACUAACACGUUCCCCGAACAGCCAGUCCUCCUCGUCGGUGAAUUCCAUCCCGUCAGGUCAGCCUGGUUAUCUUUCGUCCAAGACACGGUCGUGGUGUGACACUGAUAAAAGUGCUGGUUCGACCACCAAGCUAGGGACGCUGUUCGAAAGAAAGCCAGUAAGUCCUACCAGAGAGAGUGGAUCGGGAUACAGGUCAACUUCCACGGACAGAGGCCUUUCCAAAGGCCAUUACAGAUUGGAGGGUGAAUUGAACAAUAAUGAUGAGGAGAUAUUUCCCAUAGAAAGGUACGAAAUUGAUAACAAACGAGCCGUCCUGAGAAGAAAUUAUUCUGAAAAUGAACUAACAGCUAAUAACAAGAGAAGGAACUCGCAGCUAUCCAAGAACGCCUUGUCAGUGGGGAAAAUGGACAACCUUACCAAAUCCACACGUAAAAAUGGAUUUAAUACAAACACUUUAAAAAGAUUCAAUUCCACCCCGGCUAUCAACAAAACCUACACGUCUCAAGCAUACCCAGAUCGGGUAACCGAGGAGUUGAAGAAUAGACAAUUGCAAAAUGGUGAGGAUUCUGAAAAUGAGACAGAGAGGUUGGAGAGGAUAUUUGAAUGGCUGAGGGGGGUUCAGUUUGAUGCUGAGGAACCCCCCGAGCAGGUGAUAGACUACUCAGAUGACCCUCCGCAAACCGACACAGCUGUACAUAUCGUGUAUAGCGAAGACUGACUAGUUUUGUCCAUAGUGUUUGUGUUUUUGUAUCUAUGUUGUGCCCAGAUGCUUCUGGAGGAUGACCUGUCCGAGCAAUGCAUGAUGGGAUUGAGUCUCAAGGACUGUCUUCAUCUGAAAAUGUCUUUCAGGUUCCGGUAUAGUUGUUACGAGUUAAACAUUUUUACCCAGUGUCAGUGUAGUAACUUUAGUAUUCCUUUAGGAAUAGGCGUUAAGAACACCACCCAAGAGAUAUACUGAAAUGGUGUAGUUCGUGCACAUAAUGUUAUCCGUAAUGGAUUCCAGUGUCUGGAAUUUCGAAUUUGAUUUUCGAAGGAGCUAUCAAUGAUUAAUGUUUUCCCGUGUGUUGAUAUAUAUAUACAUAUUUUGACAAUAUUGUAAAACGAUUCAAUAUUUCCAAGAAUAAUUAACAAAACAGUAUUUACUUCAGCAUUUCUUAUGUAGCCGUUACACAUAUCUGUGAUACGUUCAUCCUCGGUGUGCAAGGACCAAAUCUGCACACAUUGCAGGAGAAUACUUGAUAACGUGUGUCUGACAUAGUGAACUGGACAACAGGGUUGAUCGAGGCGAGUGACUGAACAUUUCCAGGUUGGAUAUCGUCCUACAUCUAUCUUGUGACUUCACUAUCAUGUUCUGAGAUAUGAAACUUUUCUGCCAAGUGUCUUGGAUCUUGUGUGUGCAUACUGUCUUUCCACCCCGUGAUUCAAGCAAAGCCAGCCAGCCAAAGCUAUAUGUUACAUAAACUUACAGUGACUUACAACAAGAAGAAUUCUCUUUCACCUAUGCGACAUCUCACGUCCUCUUUAAAGAUGGAUUAUUCAUACAAGCGUUACCUUGAACAUUCCUUGGAUGGUCAGUCGUCUCAGCUCCAUGGAGAGGUAAACAAAAUAUAUCAACACCCUACUCCCUGCCCCUCUUACUCUCUUCUCGAAAUCCCCUUAAAUACCAGCACAAAGAGCUGAAGUAGCUGGCAAUCACGCACUCGAGCAAGUCAUAGUUUGUAUGAAAGUCAUAUCUAAUGGCUAGAUCUGAUUUCCUCGUACAAGGCUUUGCCAUCCAAGUAUAUCACAAAAAGACACGGGGAAAGAGAGCCCCUUUGACCGACCCCACUUUCUACCGGCUUCUUAAAUCAUUCGAUCUUCUAUAUCCAUUUUUAAUAUUUGUGUAGUAUGUUUACCAAGGGCAACAAAUAUAAACCUCACACUAACAGUACUGAUUUCCCCAUUUGAGGGGUUUAUUUUGAUCUUAACCAAUGUUUUUAACGACAUAAAUUUGAAUAAUCAUCUAGGAAUAAUCAUGAAAAAAAGUGUCUGUAAACUUUAUCAUAUUUAAUUUCAAAUAUCGGUGAAUUUGAGGUAUUGUGUUUAAUUACGGUAGUAUUUUAUUUGUAAAUGUAUUGUCUGUCGGUGGUUAACGAUGGUUUCAAACUAGUCAAGAUAACGCAUGUUUAACUAUUGUAUGAAAAUGUUUAUGGUACAAUCUUUUAUCGUGGAAUAUUAGACACCUCUGGUUUACAAAUACAUUUUAUUACACAGCCACACAAACUUACGUCAUGCAGAAUCGAUAUACUAGCUAGUGUGUGUCUUGUUAGCGCAGUGACAGGAAAUAUACAUGUACAUAAAUAUAAACAUCGUAACAAUGAAAGGUAAACACUGCUUAGGCGGGGAGUAUGUGUAUAACAGGCGGGAGUACACUGGCGGUAUUCAUGGCUGAACUAUUGGAAUAUUUAUGAGCACAAAAGACACACAUUUUAAUAAGCUAGGGUUAUAUUUGAACAUAUUUAUUUGAUAUCGUUACGGAGAAUGUAACGAAUGGGAUCUUCAUUUGUUGGAAUGUCAAUGAACCUAUGGUUUCUGUUUUGGUCACAUAUAAAUACGAUAUAUUCAUUUACAUGACAGGAUUGUUGAACUGAGAGAUUAUUAUGUUUGACUUGAUAGGAUCAUAUUUCUAUAAUGACUUAGGUGAAGGAAGAACAAAGUUACUUGCAUGUCAUAUUGCAUGUCAAAUAUAAAUGUAUUUAUAUAGAAAUUGGGAAACUUAUCGAACAUUCAUCUCGAACACCCUUUGUUGAAACAUCAACAGAUUGAGAAAUGUUCCAAAUUCAUACCUAAAUACAUAUUUCAAGGAACAUUUUUAGGAAUAUAUUUCAUUUUUGUUCACAUGACGAAAACUCAGCAUAUCAUAAUGGAAAUCCCCUGGCUUAAUGUAAUAAUAUUUCCCAAGACCCAGAUAAUCACCAUGUUAAGGUCCUAACACACCCAGUUCACUGCCCAUAUCGAGCAUGAGCGUCAUAAGACCUUGCUCCAACUGUAACACGCUUCCAGCGAAUGCAAGGUUAGUGAUACUUAAUAGGAAUAAAGAAAUUGUGACCCACCUCACCCCCAGGUACUAGUAUAUGGUACAAUUGAAAACUGAUACACUGUUAGUGUUUAGAUACGCCAUGGUUGAAUGGCGUUCAUGUUGAGCCUCAUUAGAAGGUUGUCAAGCUGAUUUGAAUGAUUGACAACCAUAAAAUAUGACGUAUUAUUCAAAUAUUUGAAAAUAAUUAUGUUUUAAUAAACCUCUCAAGUAAUUAUUUCCAAAUAUUUGAAUUAUUCGUUCAUAUUUUAAUGUCUUUCCCCGUAUUUCACACGAUUGAUUAGUUUCUUGGAAAAGAACCAAGUUCCAUUCUGUAAAACAUUUGAUUUUCAACUUUGUACACCACUAUCCAAAAUGGCAAACUUAAGAAAAAACGUCAUUCAUGGAUCCAUGGAGCAUUUGUUACAAAACGUGGUGACCACAGAUACAGCUACGUAUCUAUCUUCAGUGGUUAAAAAAUGAAAGCAAAUGUCAUCUGAAGUCUUCUGUGAAAACAGUAUGUGAAAUGACGGACUUCCUCCUUGAUAACAUCCAUGUAAAAUUUGAGGGUAAGACAUUUAGGCUAGAAGUAGGCAUCCCCAUGGGCACCAAUUGUGCUCCCCUUCUUGUGGAUCUGUUUCUUUAUGCAAAUGACACCGGAAUUUCUCCACAAGACUGUAUGACAAGAGUGAGGACUUCAAGUUUCCAAUAGUCAACUUUCCCUUGUGUCGAGCAAUAUUCCAGCAGCUCCAGCUUUUGGUGUUUACACUUUAAAACUCUUGACAUAUUCAAUCGAGCAUGCUCUUUCCACAUGAAUCUUGUUCAGAAGUUGUUUGAUCAAGGUUACAACAUUCAAGGCCUCGGUAAAGCUUUCAAAACGUUUUAUGGUAGACAUGUAGAAGACAUUUCUGACAAAAAUGAAUUCCCUAUUUUGACUUUUUCCGUGUUAUUUCUGGUAAACAAUGGACAUGCCUUUGCAUGUGUUUGUAACGGGUGUCACCGGUGGGGCAGGACGCGAACACCUGGUGUCAUCAUUGUUUGAUAGUGAUUCACAAACACAAGCAAUAUGAUCAUGAUAUGGUCGUAGUCGCACAAUCGACUCUCACGAUUUCUUAUGGACAUGAGGGGGCACGGGUAGCCCAGUCGUCUAAGGCGCCGCGAUUCGCUGUGCAGAGUUACGUCCCUUGGGCACGCCAGAAACCUAUGAUUGUUGGUUCGAAUCC